AGGUGGCAGAGAGGAACGGGAUACGAUAGAAGCAAAGCGUAAACAAAGCGUCGGGUUAAGAAAAAGAGGUCGGGCGAAGCUAAGAGGGAGUCGUUUUACUGAUUAUCCGUCUCUAUGCUCCGCUAGGCUCCCACGGACACCAUGGUUCUGCUGGAGCUCCGUGGGGCUGAGCGCUUCGGAGGAGUUGCGUCAGCUCAGCAGAAAUGAACACACAGGGCGAGCGGAGGCUGCUGGUUCGUUAAAACCCUGUUCGGUCCCUGCGGUCUAACUAAAACUGGUACUGAAGAAGACGAAGACGAUGGGCCACCCUCCUCUGGAGUUCAGUGACUGCUACAGCGACAGCCCGGACUUCAGGGAGACCCUCAAGUGUUAUGAGUUGGAGCUGGAGAGGACGAACAAGUUUCUGAAGGAGCUGAUCAAAGAUGGCAACAGUGUGAUCACUGCAAUCAAGGGCUACUCUCUGGCGGUGCAGAAGUUUUCCCAGACUCUCAGCGCCUUUCAGUUUGACUUUAUUGGCGACUCUCUGACAGAUGAUGAGAUCAACAUUGCUGAGUCAUUCCAGGAGUUUGCCGGACUUCUGCAGGAAGUGGAGCACGACCGGAUGAUGCUGGUCCAAAACGCAUCCAAUCUGCUCAUCAAACCCUUGGAGAACUUCAAAAAGGAGCAGAUCGGAGCGACAAAAGAGAAGAAGAAGAACUUCGAGAAACAGAGUGAAAAGUAUUACUCCCUGUUGGAUAAACACUUGAAUCUUUCUGCCAAGAAGAAGGAGAGUCAACUUCAAGAGGCCGAUGACCUCCUGGACAAAGAGCGGGUGAAUUUCUACGAAUCGUCAGUGGAGUACGUCUACCAGAUCCACCAGGUUCAGGACAGGAAGAAGUUUGAUGUUGUGGAGCCGGUGCUGGCGUUUCUUCAGAGCAUUUUAACGCUUAACAACCUGACAGUGGAGAUGACUCAGGACUUCAUGCCGUACAAGCAGGAGCUGCAGCUGAGCCUGCAGAGCACAAGAAACCACUAUGAGAGCACCAGCGAGGAGCUGGAGGAGCUGAUGAAAAGAAUGAAAAAUCCUUUCCAGAUUUCUAAAAUGCAGAAUUUUUUGCCAAUGGAGGGUUAUUUAUACUGUCAGGAGAAACGGGCAUUGGGCGUGUCGUGGGUGAAAUAUUACUGUAAGUAUCACAAGGAGGGGAAGCGCCUGAUGAUGAUGUCCUGUGAGCAGAAACCUGCAACCAAACAGGCUCCCAUGAUGCUCACUCUGAAAUCCUGCAUCCGGAGGAAAAGCGAGUCCAUAGACAAGCGCUUCUGCUUCGACGUGGAAACCAUGGAGAGAAAUGCGCCCGUCACUUUCCAGGCUCUGUCGGAGGGCGACAGGAAGUUGUGGAUGGAGGCCAUGGAUGGAAAAGAGCCGAUUUAUCACUCCCCAAUUCACAACCAAGCUGAAAUGGAACUGAAUGAAGUUGGAUUCAGGUUUGUGAGAAAGUGCAUCAACUACAUUGAAACUAAAGGAGUCACACAAGAAGGAGUGUACCGAACGGUUGGCAGCAACAUCCAAGUUCAGAAGCUCCUAAAUGCCUUCUUUGAUCCCACAAACCCAGGAAAUGUGGAUUUCAACAACAGUGACUGGGAUGAAAAAACCAUCACAAGUGCUUUGAAGUUUUACUUAAGGAGUUUAUCUGAACCAAUAAUGACCUACGAUCUGCACAGAGACCUCAUGUGUGCUGCAAAAUCAGACAAUCUUGACUUUCGACUGAGUGAAAUCCAUUCACUCAUCUACAAACUACCAGAGAAGAACCGGGAAAUGUUAGAGAUGCUGAUUACACACUUAGUGAAUGUGUGCAGCCACAGCGAUGCAAACCGGAUGACCCCUUCAAACAUGGCCGUCAUCUUUGGCCCCACGCUGAUGAGGGCGAAGGAGGAGACGGUGGCAGCCAUGCUCGAUAUCAAGUUUCAAAACAUCGUGGUUGAGAUUCUGAUUGAGGACUACGAGAAGAUCUUCAGCUCCACGCCGGAGGACGGCACCGCCCCGCCUGUCCCUCCUCCGCGGAUCACCCCGCGAAAACGGCAGCCCAUAACCAUCUCCAAGCGACCCGCUCGCGUUUAUCAAGCUCUUAGUCACGACCACUUCCAGCACACAGAAAAUGGACAGAAUGAUACCUCCAUUAUGGAUGGCGAAGUCUCUGCGAGCCCCAAACCCCCAAGGCCAACCAAACCUGUUAGCAGUGCUCCGCUUGUUCCAAGAGACCCCCCUCUCAGGCAAGUCUUUAUUCCCAAAACCGCCAGCCGCCAGGACAAGCAGGCCGACUCCGAUGCUGAGAAGACAAGUGAUUCCAGGCAAAAGCCAGAUUCUUUCUUGGCAGCAAAUGGGGAGUCUGGAGCCUCUGUGAGCAGAGUACCGUCGUUUCAGAGCCGAAAACCACCUCCAAAGGGCACGCCAGCCAACCGAGAAGGAAACUCUAAUGGUCUGAGCAGAACAAAGAUAGUAGAGAAACAUCCCAUUUGUCGACCCCCGGUCAGGCCUCCUGAACCCCCCAACAGGUCCCCAACUCCGCAGAAGCUCCCUGUUGAAGCCGGCAGUGAGGCCACGCCCACAUCUUACGUUGCAUCAAAGGCCAAGUUUUUUGAGAAUGCCUCCAAACAAGUUGGCAGUGCAUCACCCUCACCGCAAUCAUCAGUAUUGACAAAUGUGAAAAAAGAGAACUGAAUGUAAAGAAAAUGUCAGCAGAUGACAUCAUGUGACCUGAACACGCAUUGCUGUUGGCCGAACAUGAAGCUGGAAGGAGUCGGCGCUGAUGAACUCAGACGUGACCAGAGGAAAAAGUUCUCAGCAGAACUGAACGGAUUUGUUUGGUUCUGGUCGAAUAGAAGAACUGUGUCGCAGAGCGCCACAGACGCACAACAAUGAAUGAUUUUAAAACAGAUUCUGUUUGUUUUACAAACCUGUUGAGUUACAGUACUUUACUACAUUUUAUAAUGGUUUGAAAUCAUUUUAAUUAGUUUUGGCCAAUUUAAUUUGAGUAAACUAACUGCUGUACUCGUUCUAACGUGUACCUGUUGUGACUGGCCCAAAGAAAACUAACUGAUUCACUGACUUCUUUCAGUUCAAAUGUUUGCAAAUAUAAGCUAUUACUUUAGAAAUCAAUUUCUUAAAUUUUAAAGAAUUAUAGUUACAACUAAAAGCAUAAAAGCUAUUGUCUCAAUUUACCUCCAGUAUGGUAUGGUUUUCAACAACAAAACUAACUGCACUAAAAAAAGGCACUAAGAUAAUUAUUUUUGUUUUAUAAAUCAAAGCAUCGUUGAAGGAAUGCAUAUUGCUCACUGCCUUGGACGCCAAAAUCUUCAACAAAGAUGUCUCAAAGUCUGACAGAGCUCAGAGCAAGUGAUGCGGAUGACUCUCAGAUACUACAGCACCAACCAUUAUCUGUAAAACAGACUGAAUUAUAGUCAUUUCUGUGUUUUCUAAGAUUGUUUAGUUGUGGCAACAUGCUUGGGUUGACUAAGAAGUUAAUCAGAUGAAAAUAUGAUAUUUUGCUAACAGGCAAACACACACACAGGUCACUGACCCUUUUACUGUGAUGUGUAAAAUCAGACACCAACUGUUUUUUAUUGACUUUUACAUUCAAUCCUACUUUUAAAUGAGCUGCAUCUGAGUAUCCUAUGAUUCAUUGCACCAUAAGCAAACUAAACAGAAAAAUGAAGAUUGUGUAGUUUAGAAAUUAAGAUCAAAGUAUUUUGAAAUUUGUUUAAAAGCUUUGCUGGUGAAAAUUUUGUUGCAAUGAGAUGUUAAAUUUGAUGCAAUUACAAGCACUGCUACUGGAGCUAAAUUCUUAAUGUGUUUUUUUAUUUAUUUACACGAAGCAUUUUUUAAUUAUUACCUGAUGCAUCUCAAUAAUCCAGGUAGAGUAGGUCUCUGUAAGGGUACUUGCUGAAAAUGUUUCUCCAACUCCUGAAGAAGUCUCUUAAAGAAGAGAUUAAAUGUUUUCAACAAAGAAGACACUGUCCAGAGGACCUACUCAAUUAUUAUUAUUAUUUUUAAUUAUACAACAAAUUUUGUGAUGCAUACCUUCAGUGAAAAGAUACAUAAAUACAUCUUCCAUUGCAUUUUAAGUCUGAAGCCACGUGCUACAAAAUGUAACACCAUGGUAAUGGGGUGGUCACACAAUCGUACGUCAUUUGAAGACCAGACCAUCUCAUUUCACAGCAGUUUUAUGCAGCCUACCUCUGUGGCCGCAGUCUACGUGGGCUGCAGCCCCUGAAAUGAGACAAAGUCUUUUUGUGCAUUAGUAACUAAACCUGUCAGUGACAACCUUUCAUUGCAGUGGGCGAUAACUUAAUAUUGAUUUGCUGUUAAAAAUAUUUGUUAUACAGUAAAUUGUAACUCACUAGUUGCUUCUCCUUGUUUACUUUUUAACAAAAUGCAGAA